CUGGCUUGACUGGUCUCAGCACCACCACUCUCUUUGCCAACUGGUUACCAAGUUACCAGACCACCAACUCCAAUGGCAUACCCGACCCUAACGGCUCUUUCUACUGGGGCUUUAACCAGCUGCUGGGGCUGUUUUACCCAGGAGUGACGGGCAUCAUGGCGGGAUCCAACCGCUCAGAGGCGCUGAGGGACACACAGCGGUCCAUCCCCACCGGCACUCUGGCAGCCAUCGUCUCAAUGACUGGUCUCUAUGUGGUCUCCAUCCUGCUAUUUGGUGCCGUUGCCACCAGGGACCUUCUGGUGACUGACAGGCUUCUCACUGCCACGAUCGCGUGGCCCGUGCCAGCUGUCGUCCAGGUGGGCAUCGUCCUCUCAACGCUCGGAGCAGCACUGCAGAACCUCAUGGGGGCGCCGCGGCUGCUGGCGGCGAUAGCGAAUGACAACGUGCUGCCAGUGCUGAAUGCGUUCAAGGCAGAGAGCCACCAGGAACCGCAUCUAGCCACCCUCUUCACGCUUCUCUUGUGCUGCAGUGGUAUUUCUGCUGUUUCUGGUACUGUUGGUAGUGCACUGCUGGUAGUGCUGGUUGCAGGCAGUGCUGCCGGUGCUGAAUGCGUUCAAGGCAGAGAGCCAUCAGGAGCCGCGUCUGGCCACCCUCUUCACACUGCUCCUCUGCUGCAGGUGCUGCUGGUUGUGUUUCUGGUAGUGUGGCCAGUGGUGCCAGCAGCAGCGGGGGCAUUAACAAGGUCGAGGAGAGCACAGAGUGAUGACAAGGAGAGGGCAAAGGAGGGCGCCAGCGAGGGAGACGAGCCAGUGGUGCCAGCGCCAGCGCGGGCGCCAGGAGGGGGCGUCUACGAGGUCGAGGAGAGCACAGGAGAGGUUGACCCCGCAGUAGCAGAGGAGGAAGAACAUUCAAGAGGAGAAGAUGAGGAUGCACAUGCAGGCAGGCAGUGCAUGGUGGGAGGGGAAGAACAGGCAGUGCAUGGUGGGAGGGGAAGAACAGGCAGUGCAUGGUGGGAGGGGAAGAACAGGCAGUGCAUGGUGGGAGGGGAAGAACAGGCAGUGCAUGGUGGGAGGGGAAGAACCGGCAGUGCAUGGUGGGAGGGGAAGAACAGGCAGUGCAUGGUGGGAGGGGAAGAACAGGCAGUGCAUGGUGGGAGGGGAAGAACAGGCAGUGCAUGGUGGGAGGGGAAGAACAGGCAGUGGGAGAGGAGUAAGAACAGGCAGUGGGAGAGGAGUAAGAACAGGCAGUGGGAGAGGAGUAAGAACAGGCAGUGGGAGAGGAGUAAGAACAGGCAGUGGGAGAGGAGUAAGAACAGGCAGUGGGAGAGGAGGAAGAACAGGCUGCAGCCCUACUCUGACUCAGUAAUCAUCAUGUAUCUAAUCUCCUGCUUCUUCACGCUCGUCUGUCUCACCCUAGCCGUUCUAAUCUACAUCUACGUCAGCAUGGUGGGCAAGGCGGGCGACUGGGGCGAUGGGGUCAAGUCCGCCUACAUGCAACUCGCCCUGCGCUCGCUGCACUUCCUGGGAGUCUCUCAGGUUCAUCCCAAGAACUGGUACCCCAUCCCGCUCAUCCUCUGCAAGCCCUGGGGUCUGCUGUCCCCCGACGCGCCCUGCCAUCCACGCCUGGGGGAUUUCGCCAAGUGCAUGAGAAAGAAAGGGAGAGGAAUGAGCAUCUUCGUGUCUGUUUUGGAAGGCGGCUACAGCACCCUAGCAGCAGAGGCCGGUAGGUCGGCCCGAGUGCUCCUGGCAUACAUAGACAGCAAUCAGUGCGAGGGCGUGGCGGAGGUGAUGGUGGCGUCGACAGUGAGGCGAGGAGUGGGCAUCGCCCUGCAGAGCAUGGGGCUGGCAGGCUUAAAGCCCAACAUCGUCUGCUUCAGAUACCCAGAGGCGUGGCAGCAGCAAGAGUCCAGUCACAUUCCCGAGACCUUUGUGAGCCUUAUCAACGACAGCAACACGGCGGGCAAGGCGUGUGUGAUUGUAAAGGGGCUGGACGAGUGGCCGGCAGAGGGGUGUGGGCAGUACGGCACAAUCGACCUGUUCUGGAUCGUGAGGGAUGGGGGCAUCAUGCUGCUGCUGUCCCAGCUGCUGCGCUCCCGACCCACCUUCGAUGCAUGCAAGAUUCAGGUGUUCUGCAUUGCAGAGGACGAUGGGACAGCAGAGACCUUGCAACUAGACGUGGCUCAGUUUCUGCACGACCUGCGCAUGCAGGCUGAUGUGGUGGUGGUGACGAUGAGGGCAUGGGAGGACGUGGUGGGGGACGAGGAUGGGCCGGAAGCAGAGCUGGCGAGGCAAGGAGCCAUGGAGGCAUUUACUCGGGUGGGUUGA